UACUGAAGCACUGAACCCAUCUAAAUAAUUAACUUGGACCAUCUUUAUUGCCCAUAUGCUUUUUCAACUUUCUCCGUCCUUCCUCUCUAGGCACUUCUUCCAUCAAGUGCUUAACUCUCAAUUCUCAAAUCCUUCAUCAAUUCGUCCUAAAACUUUGCUGCAUGCAUGUUGGUGUAACUCUUCUCCACAAUUGACUCUUUUGUCUUACUAUACAAAUACAAUGCAUGUCCCAAAUCAAUUGUUCAACUAAUAAGAAACUUGUUACUUGAGAAUAGUAGAUCAGGAACAACCUCAGCUAACUGCAUCAUCAGUAAAACUUAAAGUUACUCCAAAAUUCGAAGAGAUGAAAGCAAACAUAGUAAUAACAAUCAUGCUAAUGUUGCUGUUAAUUGCCCAAGCAAUCACAGAAGCGAGAACUAUUCCAGAGCAAAAAUCAUCUAAAGAAAGCAAAAAAGAACUAGAAACUGAGAAGAAAAAAAGAAGCAAUAUUCGGAGGAAAAGAAGUGGAAGAGGAAAAAGUCGAGGUAGUUCAAGAAGAGGCCUCAAUUGUGACCCUUUAUAUGACUACUUGUUUGGUAUUUGUGGGCAAUGGCCUUUUCUUACUUCCCCUUCCCCUAAUAACCCUUUUCUCCUAACAACAUCACCACCCCUAUCACCACCACUUUCACCACCGUUUUCACCACCUCCUCCCCCUUUCAUCUUGCCUCCUCCAACGCCUCCCGCUCAACUUCUCUUCCCACCACCACCACUAUUAUUGCCGCCACCGCCACCAGUAAUACCUCCACCAUCACCAAUACCAAUACCACUACCGCCCCCCCUCUUACCGCCACCAUCUCCACCACUACCACCACCGGUCCCACUCUCACCUCCACCAUCUCCACCACUACCACCACCGGUCCCACUCUUACCUCCACCAUUAUCGCCACUGCCAUUAUCUCCACCACCAUUACCUAUCCCACCACCGCCGCUGGUUCUCACCCCUCCGCCACUCGAACUUUCACCACCUCCACCGUUAGUCUCAUCACCGCCACCAGUGUUUGUAUUUCCACCAUUCCCACCAUCAGUGUUCCCUUAUCCACCCCCUUCGUCUCCACCACCAGUAUUUGAGCUUCCACCAUCAACACCACCAGCUACUUCUCCGCCAUUGCCACCGUCUUCAGUCCCAUCUUCUCCGAUAGUCUUCGUAUUCCCUCCAUGGACACCACUCCAAACUCCGCCACCAUCGCCACUUCUCGGAGGCUUUAUCCAACCACCAGUAACAUGGUUACCAUGGCCACCAUUUCCAUGGGAAGCACCUCCGUCUGGAGGCAUUAUUGAUAAUACGCCACCAUUGGGAGAUACUAACCCCCCACCAGUAUCAUAUUCAUGGCCAUGGGAAGCACCUCCUACAGACAGUAGUACAUCGCCGCCGUUCGGUGGUAUUGAUCUACCUCCAAUAACAUGGCCAUGGCUAACACCUCCUAGUGGUGGUAGUCAUGAUGAUUUCGAUAUGCCUCGACCAUUCUUUGAUCCAUGGCUUUCUCCACCGUCCUCAUCACACGAUGACGAUUUUCCGCCGUUUUGGAUGGCUCCUAGUGAACCAGACCAGCUUUUUUCACCUCCUCUUGUUAGUCUUGUACCAGUACCACCCUAAUCAUGCAUCCUCUCAUCCUCAUUUUCAUUGUAAUUUUCUGAGGAUCGGACCAUGAGUUUAAUUAAGUAAAUAAGUGGCUGUCUCUUUGUAUAUGUGGUAUCACUAUAACAUCAGUUGUAGACUGUUGAAAGGUUGAUGGAGCAAGCAAAUGGAGACAGAUGGAGUACAUAAUAAAAUGUAACAUGAAAGGUUAACUGAUGAAGUUAUGAUCAUCCUAAACUAGAGAAAUAUAUCUUUGCUCGGAGUUUGAGUGGUGAA